AUGUCGGCUGAGUUUCUUUCUGUUCUUUCUUUCUUUCUUUUCUUUCUUUCUUUCUUCUAUUCUUUCUUUCUUUCUUUCUUUCUGUCUUUGUUUCUGUCCUCUUCUUUCUUUCUUACUUGUUUUCUUUAUGUCGCCUUUUCUUUCUUUAUUUACUUAUUUUUUUUUUUUCUUUUCUCUUUCUUUCCUUUCCUCUUUCUCUUCUCUUUUUCUUUCCCGUUUUUUCUUUCGUCUUUUCUUUCUUUCUUUUUUCUUUCCUAUUUUCUUUCGUUUCUCUUUUCUUUCCUCUGUUCUUUCUUUCUUUCUUUCUUUCUUUCUUUCUUUACAUUUCCUGUUUUCUUUAUUUCUACUUUUCUUUAUUUAUUUCUAUCCUCUUUUUUCAUUUUUGUUUCCUUUUUACUUUUUCUUCUUUCUUUCUUUUCAUUUUCUUUUUUUUCCCUCUUUUUUCUUUAUUUUCCUUUCUUUUCUCUUUUCUCCCUUUCGUUCUUUUUGCUCCUCCUUUUUCUUUUCUUCCUUCCUUUCCUUCUUGUUUUCUUUCUUUCUUUUUGCCCUCUCUUCUUUCUUUCUUUCUUAACAUCUAUUUUUUUCUCUUCACAGCAUACUUUUUUAACCUUUCCCAUUAUUGUUUUUUUUUUCAUUUUUGCAUUUAUUUUCCUUAUUUCGAUCUCCUUUUGUUCCAUAUCUGUCUACCACCCCAUAACCGCUAUCAUUUUUUUUUUUUAUUAUUUUACACCUCUAAAGCCGACUUGUCAUCAUUUUUUCCCCUUUCGGAUGCUUGUCACUUUGUCUCUAAUGUCCCAGCUUGUAAGUUUGAUGGAAGAGGUGUUCGUUUCGAACAAAAAAAGGAAAUCUCUUUGGCACACAAACCAGCUUAUUUCUCCCUGGAAUCAAUGCCUGCUGCUGUCUUCGCCGCUUUUAAUCCAGCCCUUUCCAAUAGCCUCCACGAAAAGCUGCAAACACACCGCUGUUGCUUCUGCCAUUAUUCUAAACGUCAGUGUCAUUGACACCGCCAAUAACUGCCGUGACGGUCGUUGCACUGCAUUUACGCGAUCAAGGGGCGGUAAAUUAGCACCCCCAUUUUUCUUCUCUUUCUAUUUUUUCUUCAUUUUUUUCUUUCUUAUUAGUUUUUUAUUGACUUUUUAUUUGUCCUUUGCUCUUAUUUUCCUUCAUCUUUUCCUCUCUUUUUCAUUUCUUUCCUUUUUCUUUUCUUCCGUUUAUCUUUUCUUCUCUCUUUUUUCUUUCCUUUAUUCUUUCUUCGAUUUUUUUCGCUUUAUCUCCCCCCACCUUUCGUUUCUUUUCUUAUCUUUUCUUCCCCUUUUCUUUUCUCCCCCUUUUUCUUUUUUUCACUUUUAUUUUUCUUUCCUUUAUACUUUCGUCUCCUUUUUCUUUUUUCCCAUUACCUGCGCUCGCCUUUAUCUUUCUAAUAUAGCCAUUAUCUUUUCGGUCCAUCUCCAAAUUUUAAACGAUCUUUUUCAUUAUUUACCUCAUUCCCUUUUCUCAUCAAAAUUUUUGCGUCCCUUUUCUCUAUUCCCUCUCCGAUCCCUUUUCUGUAAUGAUUCUUCAUCAUUCUUCUAUCGCUUUACUCUAUUCUCUCUUCAUUAUCAUUCAGUCCUUUUCUUUCUCACUGCAUCAAUUUUUAGUCCAUUUCCCAAUUUUGUAAUCUCUCUUCAUCUUUUUCUGUCACUUUUCUGUAUUCUCUGUUCAUCACCUUUUAGGCCCUUUUCUGUAUUCACUGUCCAUCAAUUUUUAAGUCCCUUUCUGUAUUCUCUCUUCAUCAUUUUUUCAGUCACUUUUUCUAUGUCUCUCUUCAUCAUUUUCUUAGUCUUUUUUUGUAGUCUGUCUUCAUUCUCCCUUCAUUUUCUUUAUUCGUUCUUCAUCAUUUUCAGUCACUUUUCCUUAUCCUCACCAUUUUCAACCCUUUUUCUCCAUUCUCUCUUCAUCAUUUUUCAGUUUUUUCUCUAUUUUCUCUUCAUCAUUUUUCAGUUUUUUCUCUAUUCUCUCUUCAUCAUUUUUCAGUUUUUUUUCUCUAUUCUCUCUUCAUCAUUUUUCAGUUUUUUUCUCUAUUCUCUCUUCAUCAUUUUUCAGUUUUUUUUCUCUAUUCUCUCUUCAUCAUUUUUCAGUUUUUUUCUCUAUUUUCGCUUCAUCAUUUUUCAGUUUUUUCUCUAUUCUCUCUUCAUCAUUUUUCAGUUUUUUUUCUCUAUUCUCUCUUCAUCAUUUUUCAGUUUUUUUCUCUAUUCUCUCUUCAUCAUUUUUCAGUUUUUUUUCUCUAUUCUCUCUUCAUCAUUUUUCAGUUUUUUCUCUAUUUUCUCUUCAUUUUUCAGUUUUUUCUCUAUUUUCUCUUCAUUUUUCAGUUUUUUCUCUAUUCUCUCUUCAUCAUUUUUCAGUUUUUUUCUCUAUUUUCUCUUCAUCCUUUUUCAGUUUUUUCUCUAUUCUCUCUUCAUCAUUUUUCAGUUUUUUUUCUUUAUUUUCUCUUCAUCAUUUUUCAGUUUUUUUCUCUAUUCUCUCUUCUUCAUUUUUUCAAUUACUUUUCUCUAUUCUUUCUUCAUCAUUUUAGUCUCUUUUCUAUAUUGCCUAUUAUUCAUUUUUUUUCGGUCCCUUUUGUUGCCUCAUCCCUUUAUUUAA